AUGCUCCAGGGGCAGGCUGGAGGGGUUCUGAUGUUCCAGGGGCAGGCUGGAGGGGUUCUGAUGUUCCAGGGCCAGGGUGGAGGGGUUCUGAUGUUCCAGGGCCAGGGUGGAGGGGGCCUGAUGUUCCAGGGCCAGGGUGGAGGGGGCCUGAUGUUCCAGGGCCAGGGUGGAGGGGGCCUGAUGUUCCAGGGCCAGGGUGGAGGGGGCCUGAUGUUCCAGGGCCAGGGUGGAGGGGGCCUGAUGUUCCAGGGCCAGGGUGGAGGGGGCCUGAUGUUCCAGGGCCAGGGUGGAGGGGGCCUGAUGUUCCAGGGCCAGGGUGGAGGGGGCAUGUUCCAGGGCUCAACUUGA